AUGUUCCAAUGCUAUGACUUACACGUUCGAUCACAACACACCCAAUUAUCCCUCCGCCGGCAGACGAAGCUACAGCGACUAAUCGCGACGACACUUGCUUACACAGCAGAGAGAGCAGGCACCAUGGUGGUGUCAACAGGGGUGCCAGAGUUAUUCGAGGACGAGCAGCAUUCCGUGAUCGAAAUCCGAACAGAGAGCCUCGCUGCCUUGCGAGAGCUUGGCCCGCCGGAUCUGGUGCACCUCGUCAAACAGCCCAGCAAGUCGUCCUCCUCGUCGAAACAGGUCGGCAUCUACCACCAUGUCACAGGAGUCGAUGCGUCCUCCUCAGCCAGUCUCGCAGCAUACAUCAACACCCUCACCUACGCACCCAGCAAUGCGCCGCUGAAAGUGAGCUCCGGCAUAUAUUGCUGCUACAAUGCCUUCUCGCGAGUCGAUAUGCGCGUCCAAGUUCAGAUUCCCGGGACCGUGGAGAGCUAUUGUGUCAGCGAGCGUGGAGACAAGAUGGAAGCAACGGAAGAGCACUGGCUGGAGGCAUAUUUGUGCAGCGUGCUAAGAGCGUACUCUUACGCCGAUACUGGUUCUGGAGAUGUCAUCAAGCGCAUAAUGGGCGUUAGACGGUUCAAUCCAGUCACGAGCACCGAGCAGGAGCAGAAGUUCUUGGACGCUGCGGAAAAGCUAUUCUUCAACGGCUGGCAGUUGGGCUCAGAUCCGGAGAUCCAGGUCCCCAAUCUUGUCUCCAACCACCUGACAUCCGGUCUGCUGCACUACUUCAAGACUACUGGACGAUUUAAUGCUGGUAUCAACCUGUUCGAGAAGCUGCGCAUGCGGGACCCCGAGAUUUCCUCAUUACUGGCUCGUGUCUACAUUCUCGCUGAUGAGGAGGUCAAGGCAGUCCGAUUACUGCAUGAGGCUGUGCAGGAACUACCUAUGGACUAUUCAAUCCUCGAUUGCCAAGCUGAGUUCUGCAACAAGAAAGGCCGUGGCGACUUGGCAUUGGAAUUGGCGAAACGAGGCGUCGUCUCUGCUCCGAGCGAGUUCUCUACUUGGGCGCGCCUGGCUGAAGUCUACCUCAAGAUGGAGCAAUGGGACCUUGCGCUACUGACACUUAACUCGUGUCCGAUGUUUACCUACCAAGACAAGGAUGCACCCCGACUACCAGAGCCUUCGCGAGUAUCUCUACCUCUUGCGCCGGAGACCAUGUGCGACGAGAUUGACGAUACUGGCGCAACUCCAGAGGGAGACUGUAUACACCCAACUUUGCGUAGAUUGCAAGCUGGCGGCUACAGAGGGACCUUUUUAAAGGCCUACAUUCUUCUGACAGAGAUCACGAAGCAGAUCGGCUGGGACAAUCUCCUGAAGAUAAGAUCACAGGUUUUUGUUAUGGAGGAAGAGUAUCGCCACGAGAAACAGACGCCCGGUGGCCGUCAGAGUAGGAACGCUAGUACCGUUGCACUCAGGGGCAAUGAGACACCGCAGCCCAAUGGUCACGCCGAACCGACCGAGGAGGUACCAUCAGAUGCUGACACGGACGACAUGAUCAAUGGCGACAGUGAGCCCUCUGCGGCGUCGUCACACCUAGAUCCAAAUGUGUCAAAGCCGGACGCAUCAAUCACUGUACGGUCGAAUGCGGAAACGCCGAACACGGAUCCUGCACAUCAAUCGUAUACUCAAUUCCACAACAAGCGAUUGUGCGAACGUUGGCUGGACAAUCUCUUCAUGGUCCUCUACGAGGAUCUCCGCAUAUACACAAUAUGGCGGACAGAGGCGCAACAGUACAAGCAACAGCAGCUGUCAUACAAAAAGACCGCCGAAGAGUGGGAGAUUCUGGGAGACCUGGCCGAACGUUUGCACCAUCCCGAGGAAGCUGCAGAAGCAUGGCAGUCGUGUUUGAGCAUGCGCUUCAGCCCUAAGGCGAUGCGCGGUGUACUCAACGUCUACGAACGAUCUGGUGAUGGUCGUGGUCAAUUGGGAGCACUGAUUCGCUUGGUGGCUUGGCAGUUCCGCUGGUACUCUGAAUUCGCACCCGACCUUCUAUACCACAUUCGCCGACUGAUAGAGGACGAAGGCGCUGUCAAAGUCCGCAGCAUAAUCCAGGCUACCAGCUUACCACAGCACAUCCUGGAUCUCACACAUCAGUAUGCUCAGCUGUGCGCGUCACUCAGGAGCAGCAGUAGCGAUGGCUAG